AAUCGGACUGCCUCCCCGCCACUCCACUCACGAGAUAAAGAAAAAAGAAAAACAACGCACGUCCCCCACGUCCUCGUAUCCCACCUCCCACUCCCUUCCCCAAAUCCCUCGCUCUCGAUUCCCUUUUCUCUCUAGAGAGGAAUCACCGCCGCCGACCUCCUCCCGCCUACAGCGACGGAGGCGGACGCCGGGCUGGGUCGGACGCCCACGUGAAAGGAGCGGGAGAACAACAAGUGGUGCGAGUGCCGGCGCCGGGCCAUCGCCGCCAAGAUCUUCACCGACCUCCGCGCUCUCGGUAGCUACAAGCUCCCCAAGCACUGCGACAACAACGAGGUGCUCAAGGAGCUCUGCCGCGAGGCCGAAUGGGUCGUGGAGGACGAUGGCACCACCUACCGCAAGGGAUACAAGCCGCCGUCGUUCGGGCCGUUUGGUGGGGUCUCGUCGAUGGGCAUGAGCUCCUGCUCGUCCUCGCAGGUGCUCAGUGCGCCGUCGUCGUCGUUCCCGAGCCCGGUGCCUUCCUACCACCCCAGCCCGACGUCAUCCAGCUUCCCGAGCCCCACGCGCCUCGACAACCCCAGCCCCGCCUACCUCCUCCCAUUCCUCCGUGGCCUCCCCAACCUGCCCCUGCUCCGGGUCUCCAACAGCAGGGGGUGAAGCAAACACUUAUUAGGAGUCUUCAUGUGUGCAGAAUUACUUCUGCAGUGAGCCGGAGUGUGACGUCUUCUCACGGGCUACUGUCAUCAAUCAAGGUGGUCAUUGGUCUAUAUCAAGCUUGACGAGUACUUCCUGAAGGCUGAUUUCUGCUCCCGCCGUGUUGCUGACCGAGGCCCCAUCUACGUGGGAGGCUGCUAUUUUUUGAUAGAUUGGCAGUGAGAUGCUCGGAUAGGAGAAAAGUGAAUCGGAAGAGCAUGAGAGAUAGAUAUUGAGAACCUAAAUAAUGCACACACAUUUACAUAUUUCAUGUGAUGGUAGUAUGUCGUCGUAGUUUUUGUGUUGGUUGUCCUACUGAAUGUUCCUGUCAGUCCUAACUCA